AGAUUUUGGUUUCAUCUUCUCCUUCCCUCCUCGUUUGAAAUUUUCACCGAUCCCCGCCCCGCCGGCCGGCCACCGCACCAGCGGAGGAGACUCGUAAUGCGAAGUACGUGUUUGGAAGUGUGUGGAGUGAACAUCUGAAGCCAGUGAUUCGAACGAAGGAUACAUUUGGGAAGCGCGACGAUGUCGAAGACUGGAGGUUUUCUCAUCCUCGAUUCAAAUGAGACCACUGCCGCCGCCGCCAUAAUCGGAGAAGAAGCAGAAAUUGCAGCUAAGCCAUGCCCUCAAAAUUUGGUGCCGAAGAAGCUGGUGGACAUUAGCAACUUACCCCCUAAACACACGGGCCUAGUGCAGGAAGGUAAACCCCAACCCGUACCAGUAACCAUCAAAGACUAUAUAGAACAGCUACAGAAGGAUAACAUGGCUUUAUCUAAUGUUUUGGCACAGAAAAACAAAAUCAUUGCGGAGAGAGGAAAUGAACUGGAGAAAUUGAGGGCGAACAUGAUUAAAGUGCAGGAACAGAAUCGAAAAUUAGCUCUUUCACAUACCCAAAUGCUUGCAGAUGUGAAUACAGGUAAAGAUCAGUUGAAAGCAUUGAGACAUGAGCUUGGAUGUAAAACCGGUCUGCUCAAAGCUAAUAAUACAGAUUUUGUCGAGAACAAUACUGGCGAGGGACAAUGCCAGAAUGCAAAUGUCGAGAUGAAAUCGAUAAAAUUGCAGAAAGAACAACUCUCAGAGAACAGCGACGAAGAUGAACCGAGGAAAAAUGCCAAAAGGAGAUUGAGAUCACACAGUUUGGGCGCGUCUGAGUCUGCUCAACCUCAGGUCAAUGCCGGAAACAAGAAAAGGCCACUUACAAGAAGGCAAUCUGCUCGAUUCAAGGCUGACGAAUCGAAGCAUGCCACGGAUCUGUCUGAUUCGGACAGUCCCAAAGCAGUCCCAGAAAACAGGCCACCAUCCAACAGUGCAGAUGUUGAUGAUGAUGGGAGACGAGAGUCCCUAGAGGUUGGAAGAUCAUCUCUAUGCCGACCACUUCGCCAAGCUGCUAAAAAGGUACAUUCGUACAAAGAAAUUCCUUUAAACGUCAAAAUGCGCAGAUCUUAGUGAGAAAACUUAGCCCUCGUAAAAACUUCUACAUAUUUGAUAAAUCACCAUUCCUUACAUUGUUGUUAUAAAUAGAGCAUCGUUGGUUGUCAUGUUGCAUUGUUGUGAUAAUGUCUCUUGUACUAUUUGUUGGCUGGCUACCUAUCGACAUUAUCUUAUUGUAUGUAUGUAUAUAUACACACACAUAUAUAUGUCUUUUUAACA